UAUCAUUUUCAAACAUCUGGAAUAUUCUUGACAUUGUGAAAAAAUCUAUAAAUAAAUGUAGGUAAUGGAAUAUCCAAUCUAAAAAUAGGUAAUGCACAAACAUUUCAAAAAUUUCUCAAAAGCGUUACCGGCAUUAAAAACAGCAGACUUAGUAUUAAAGGAAACGAAUACGCUGGGCGAACAGUGGAUUUUCAUAUAAGUAAAUAUAUUAUUGAAAUGGCUAGGUCAACCUUUAAUAAACAACAAAGUAUUGGAAGUGAACAACGGCAACAAACUGUGGAAUUAAACUGUUUCGAAAGGUUAUUGUCCUUAUUCAACCUGCGAGACAAUAGAGGCGAGGACUCUGGGGAUUGGACAUACAUUGAAAGACCAACGAAUUUUUCUGUCAAGAGCAGGAAAGCGUCAGAUUUAAUUGUUCCGGAAGAAAGUGAAAUCCGGAUCUUUGUUGGAGGUCAGACAACAUUUUUCGGCAUCACACUGACAUCAUAUCCAUACCCUGAGAAUGAAUAUACUAUGAAAUGCCAGCAUAUACUCAAACCCGAUAAAGAUGACCCUAUUGCUGGAAAAAUGAAGAUAAGAGAUAACGAUGAGUUAAUAUCGUUGCACGGCAUUUUUCUUCCUUUCAAAACACACGACAAAGUGCUGGAUAUGUUCAAAGAAAUCAAAGUUGACGGAGAAACGUUGACAAAAAUGGUUGUGCGAAGAAAAACAAGGCUAAACAAACUGAAAUGGUACGAGCUUCUAACCAUUCUAGCCCCAGGUUCAAGAACAGCGGAAGUUGUUACAGUAUUAAAUCACGAAAAACACAAGCUGAGGAAAAAAGAUAUUAACAAUCUGAAGUCAGAAAGCGUCCAUUUUUACAAGGUUCCUGGUACUCAACGGUAUUUAAUGAUUGAUGACACAGGACUUGAUGCCAAACAUAUAUCUGAUGAUACCAGCGAUGAUGCAAAGUUGAUGAUAAAAACGAUGAAGAUGUGUGUAAAUAAUAAAAAAAGCCAAAUGCAUUUUUAUGCCAGCCUUAGAGACAAAGCUAGGUCAAGAUAUAUUUCAGUAGACGGAAAUGAUGGGCGCAUAUUCUUAGCAGAUGAACCCCAUUGGUUUGAACAUCGCUCUGAUGGCAACCGUACACAGUUUGUUGUUGAAGGCAUGAAUUUAAACCUGGCCUACGACCAUGCAAUAGAUGAUGUGGCAACGACACGGGCCGAGUUCAUGUUUGAAGAAUUUUCACAGUCGCAGCAAUUGGAGGAACAACUGGCUGUUUGACAUAUGGGGCGUGGCUGUAUGACAUAGGGGGGCGUGGCUGUAUGACAUUU